AUGGCAAAUCAUGGAAAACUAGAAGAAUAUGACUCACAAGAGGAAUGGAGUCAGUAUAUUGAGCGGUUGGAAUUUUAUUUCGAAGCAAAUGGCGUGGACGACGAAGAUAAACAACGAGCGACAUUAUUGAGUGUUUGUGGUAGCAAGACGUAUAAGUUGAUUCGGAACUUAAUCGCGCCGAAUAAACCGUCAGAGAAGACGUUUGCAGAGCUAGUAGAACUUGUACAACAACAUCAACACCCAAAACCGUCGGCAAUAGUGCAACGAUUCAAGUUUAAUACUCGGUUCAGGAAACCUGGUGAGUCAAUUGCUACGUAUGUAGCUGAAUUAAGAAGUUUUUCAGAACAUUGUGAUUUCAAGAGUACCUUAGAAGAGAUGUUACGUGAUCGGUUGGUGUGUGGAAUAAAUGACGAACAGAUUCAGCGUAGAUUCUUAGCAGAAAGUUCUCUCGACUUUAAGAAAGCCAUGAAAAUAGCUACAUCAAUGGAGACUGCAGUAAAGAAUGCACGAGAUUUGACACAUCAGAUGGCCAAUGCAAAUAUAAAUACUGAGAAACCUGCAACAUUACACCGUGUGGACAACCAAGGACAAGGAAACCAGCCAUGGUCAAAGCCUGAAUGUGGUCGGUGUGGGGGUAAACAUGACCCGCAACAAUGCAAAUUCCGCGAUGCUGAGUGUUUCCUGUGCCACAAGAAAGGACACAUAGCAAGAAAAUGUCGAAGCAACACUAAGGAGACUGGAAAACAUCAACGAAACGACAACCCUAACUCAGGCACUAGCAGCAACUAUUUAAACAUGAAGGAUGACGAGAUCGAAGAGGAAGACGACAACUAUGGGAUUUAUAGUCUGGGCAAAGGGCAAGCUGAGCCAUAUGUUGUUGAUGUACUGGUGAGCAAUGAAAGUCUAAAGAUGAAAGUAGAUACUGGUGCUGCAGUUAGUGUAAUGAAUGAGGAUACAUAUACAUUAUUGAAGAAAAAACACCCAAACCUAGAGCUGAAGGAGUCAAAG